ACCCAACACUGCCAUACCCUUUUCGAACCAGUGCUGUAGUUUUUCUUCAGUUUCGAGCAAUACCCGCGCACUUUUUGACCUCGUUCAGAGCGCAGUUUUAUUUUUUUUAUGAAUGUUUGAAGUGAUGUUGAAAGUGUGUAUUGAAAUUUAAAAAGGCGGCUUCUUCCGCAAAGCGCUCAAACAUAGUAACCGAUUAGAUCGGGCCCGUGCGAAAUUCUGCGCCUCUUCGUAAUUAUUUGGCUGAUGGCGGGGCAGCUUUAAUUAUUUUUCCCGAUUUUGGGCUGCAGUUUCGGUUCUCCCUGCAAGUAACGGUAUUUGGGCACGCCGUCCUUUUCGCACACAGCGAAGGAAAGACAGAAAGAAAAGGAGACCGCAAGUGUUCGACUUAAUGUGUAUAUGUGUCACUCUUGUUGAAGUAAAUAGAAGGAGAAACGCCUUAAUUACAUUUAAUUCUAAGUCGUGUCGAGCAUUAUUUUUGCAACGAAAGCUUGAUCUGCGAAGCGAACAGCUUCCUUCCAAUUUCUGUGCCUAUUUAUUGGCUAUGCAUGAAACGCCUGUGACCAGCGAAAUGAAGAUCUUUGCAGCAGACGUUGUCGUCGACAGCAGCACGGCAGCAUCUGCGUCCGUGCAGCAGCAGCAGCAACACCAGCAGCUGAAGCAAACGCAGCAGCAGCGUGAGUUCCGGCAGCGGCUCUCCGCCGGAUCGCCAAUCCCCAAGACGGGGCAGUGCCAACUCAAGUUCGCCAAAUACAACAGCAAGACCGGCAAUUUACUACGCCAGGUGACAAAUUAUCACAACAGCAACAACAACAGCAGCAGCAACAACAACAACAGCAGCGGCAGCAGCACCAACAACGGCGAUGUCAACAAGCAACAUCAAUCGAACCAUUACAACAACAACAGCAGUUCGAUGGCACGAAAAAAACACUUUGACAACAGCAACAACAAUAGUAGCAACAACAACAGUAGCCAACAGCAGCAACAAUCUUCAUAUUAUCAGCGACAGCAACACCAGCUGAACAGUAACAACAACAAUAACAACAAUAUGCUUAUGAAGAAUCAAAAUAUAAUUGAGCAACAAAUUUCUGAUUCCAAACUCACCGACAGCAACAGCAACAAGAUGCCAAGUAAGCCAGCAAAAUGGCUCAACGGCAGCAGCAACAGCAACAGCAACAAAAUGAACAACAACUGCAACACCAGCUGCAGUAAUAACAACAAGAAGCGCAACUCGCUCCCCACAUCAGCAGAAUCAUCUUCUGCCUAUUACCGCAGUUGUCCGAACUUCCUAAACUGCGAUUCCGCCGGAGAAUUGGCGGCAACACCGAAAUCAUCCCCUGAGGAUCAGAAUCCGUCCACCGGAAGUUACUCAGCUUCGAAAUCGAGCCAACCCAAGGAGCCCCCGACGGAAGCAGAGGAGCUGGCGGCCUUGGGGCUCCGGGGCAAGGUGCAGGAGCAACUUCCUCAGGAGGCGACGAAGCAGCGUUCUGCGCAGCAACAGCCACUAAACUUCUGGAAGUCGAACUUCUCGCAGCCAGCAGAAAAUCAAAUGAAAGAUAAGCAGGUAAUUCCAGCACCAGUGGCACGAUCUGCGGAUCAUCAGCAACAGCAGCAACGACCGCUAUCGUUCGAACAUAGACGCAAUUCCGGAUACCACUCACACCAACAGCAGAAUUACUAUCAAUACUACUAUCCGCAGCCGAAGCAGUUGACAAUCGCCUCUUUCUUGCAGAAAGAGCUGUUGCCCGAUAAUAGUGACGCAGGCAGUCAACAGAACGGUAGUGCAACUCCAACUGGCAAUGCCAACAACAACGGCACCAGCAAUGGCAAUGGCAGUGUCGGUGUCAACAGCAACGUUUUGCGGCCGCAAAACUCACACCAGUCUGUGGGAUCAGACUAUCCGUCGCAGCGGUGCCGCAACUCCCAUUACGCCCAGUACCAACAAUACCAGCAUCACCACAACCCGCAGCACCACCACCCGCAUCAGUACGGGAUGAACUCCUCGCACUUCAGGCGAAAGCACGCCGAUGGCCAUGGACAGAACUGCAACAUCAACAAGAAGGCGCCAGGUGGAGGCGGCGAUACGGCGGCGUUUAAACAGCAUCCCCACCAACUGCAGCAGCAGAACACCAUCGAGAUCCUGGGCAGCAGCAACCUGAACGCCAUGCAUCGGCGCAUGCAGGGCGGCGAGGGCAAGGGUGGAUACUACCAGCACUACCAUCCCAUCAUGGCGGAGCACCAGAACCUGUACAAUCUCACCUACAUCAAUGUGGACAUGUCAGUGCCCAGUGGCGAUCCAGCAGGACUAGCCGCCGGAGCCUCAGCAGGCCCAAAGCAGCUGGGCGGCAAGUCCUCUUUGCUGGUCAAACCGUGCAUCACCUUGACGACCAUCUCUACGUCGCCGUCUGUGGGAGGAGCCGGGCCUCCAAUUCGUUCCUUGUCCUCUGCCGGCACUGCCUCUGCACGCGUUUCCGGUUCCCUACCGACUCCCACUCUCAGUCACAGUAUGUACGUGACGUCGCCGACCGCUCUGCCGGUGCCAAUUAGUGGGCAUCCCGUCCUCUCCCCCGUGGCCACCACGCCCACAAACAUGAUCAGCUGCGCCCAGCUGGAUGAGGAGAUUACGGCAGCUGCCGCCAGUGGCACGGGGGAUCUGUCUUCGGUGCCGAACUCUAGCUAUCCGCCAGCGGUGCCCUUCAUGCUGACGCACCAGCACCAGCAGGUUCACCCGCAACCACUCCACUUGGUACCGCCGAGCAACAAUGUCCAACCCCCACAGCCGCCACAGCCAGUUUUUUUCCAUUUUGGCGACGGAUGCAACCCGGGAGGAUCGGGUCCCCCUUCGGCUGUAUGGACACAUCCGGGAUCAGCCUGUUACCAGGCUUCAUUUGGCUCAAGUGUCAGCGGAAGCUCAAGCCACGGCAAGGAUGUUUACUCUGCUGGUCUGCGUCCAGUCUCGCCAGCGCUUUCCUCCUGCUCCCUGGGCAGUGACUCCCACUGGAGCUGCACCAAUCGCAGUCGCUUGGGUCAAGGAGACCUCUCGAUGUCACCCACAGCCGGCUUUCACCUGCCCGGCCAGUUGUCACCCCACCUGGUCGAGAUGAAUGGCCAACGGGCACCUCUCCCGAAGCCCCUAUACCACUCCCCACUCCCACAACCACCACCACCACCACUUCACCACUCUCAUUCCAGCGUACAUGGGCCGAUUAACAUACAUGGAAUGCCCACUUAUGGAACACUACGCCCCCCGCUGUCGCUCCAAGGAUCGUCGCCGACCCCGCCGGUUGGGGCCUUGGGCGGUUCCUGGUACGACCUGGUCCUACCCCCCGACCGCUACUUGGCCCAGGCCCGAAACAUAGAGAUCGUAACUCAGCCGGAGCAACUGGUUUGCAUGUGCAAGUACGACAACCUUUCAGUGGAGAUCUGGAAGAGAUUCCGGGAUGCUCAGCAGACCCAUAAGAAGUUCAAGGUCAAGAUGCGGCUCUGGCGCUACUUAUUCCUCUGGAUGAAUCAGCCCAUGUUCGAACGGUAUCGCAUCUGCCUGGUUGGAUCGACCAUCACGGGCUUUGGCACAGACUCGUCCGACAUCGACAUGUGCCUGCUGCCGGAGCAAGCAACACAGCGCCACCAGUCCCAGCAGCACUUGCAGCAUCAUUUUCAUAAUGAGAAGCGCACCGACGCCCUGCUCAUCCUGUCCCUGUUCAAUGUGGUCCUCAAGGACACUGAGGUGUUCCAGGACUUUAAUCUGAUUGAGGCGAGGGUGCCGAUACUCAGAUUCAAGGACAUCCUUAAUGGCAUCGAAGUCGAUCUAAAUUUCAACAAUUGUGUGGGCAUUAAAAACACCUAUUUGCUUCAACUUUAUGCUCAAUUGGAUUGGCGGACUCGACCUCUGGUGGUGAUUGUAAAAUUAUGGGCCCAGUUCCACGACAUCAACGACGCCAAGCGGAUGACCAUUUCUAGCUACUCGCUGGUGCUAAUGGUCCUGCACUACCUGCAGUACGGAUGCAUUCCGCACGUCCUGCCCUGUCUGCACAGUCUUUAUCCGGAGAAGUUCCAUCUAGACCAGCAGGACUGCCUUGACCUGGAUCUCAUAGAGCCCAUCGAGCCAUACCAGACGCAUAACACUCAGACUCUCGGGGAGCAUCUGCUUGGAUUUUUCAAGUAUUAUAGCAACUUUGACUUCCGCAACUAUGCGAUCUCCAUACGCACUGGCGGCGUCUUGCCCGUGUCCACAUGCAGGAUGGCCAAGAGCCAGAAGAACGACGUGUACCAAUGGAAAGAGCUUAACAUAGAGGAACCCUUCGACCUGUCCAACACGGCUCGCUCCGUCUACGACUAUGCCACCUUCGAACGCGUCAAGUACAUAUUCGUUACCUCUGCCCGCCGCUUGGAGAAUACGCUCGACCUGGCCUCUAUCUUCCGGCCCAUCGCAUCCGUGCACAAUCAUCAGGCCCACCACAGCCAUGUCCGCAGUUACCUGGAUGGCAGGAGCCGCACCGCAUCAACUGAUAGUACAACCAGUUCGGACAUUCCUUUGGGCUUGGGUGAGGCGACAAGUCCCCACGUUGCGUCCUAAGCCCCAACAUAUGUUUGAGAAUGCAGAUUGCAGUUGGGUUCGCGCUCCAGUCGGCGCUCCGGCGGCGUCAGUUGGGAGUACACGUUCAAUGGAAGAGAAAUGGAUUUGAAGUAACAAAAGUUUUCAGGUACGUGCGAUGCUUUUAUAGACUCAGGAAAGCAGAUUAAUAAUUCUACUUUAAACUCCAAAAAUGUUAAAUGCCUAAAGCCAAGCCUUGUAAAUUGAUAUUGACAAAUUUUCGUGUUCCAAAAUCAGUAAGAGAAAUCUUGAGAAAAAUUGUAAAUUGCUAUCUUUUUCCACAAUUUAUACAACGUCAUGGUGCAUUCGCAAAACUAAAUUUUGUUUUAUCUAAACCCCAUCAAUCAUUGUAAACAUCCACUCAGGUGUACGAUUUUUGUCCCUCAUGUGGUAUGUAUUUCCUUUUAAAAAUCGAAUAAUGUCUAAAAAGUGUAAGCACCCAGGUUCUGUUCAAUAAACUACAAACUCACCCGAA